GUAAGAUCCUCGUCUCAAGCAGAUGGAGGAAGAUAUCCGAUAUCAGCAGCUAUACGCACCGCACUAAUUAGACUUUCUAUAGCCACGUCUAGGCCUCGCCGAAUAGUCUAAAAACAUGACAGGCCCAUGAAUGAUCUUCGACCGUCUGUGGCCCCUACAUCUCAAUGCGACCAUAACGACUUGAUCCUUUCUCAAUACUACACCUUCAACUCAACCGCCAAAGAUCCCAUAAUGCCUCCCAAAAUUCCCGAACACAUCUAUCACGUUCUCUUAACGAUCACACGCCUCAAUAAGAACCCCAACAAUCUCGUCGAAAUCCUCCGUAUCCCUGGAACUUACACCAGUCUACUCGCCGCCAAAGCCGCGGCGCACAGCUGUCUCUACGACGCCGGCUACGAGCGUGACUUCUUUCCAACCUAUGAAACUAGCGCCCACAUUUUUGAACAAGAGAACCUCCCCGAUCGCACAGGACUCGCCAUUUACGCUGUUGCGCCCGACGGCACCACCUUCCGCGUCCGCAUCGAUACCACACAGAAUAAGCUCCAGCUAACCACUGAUCUCGACGAUGGCCGCAUCUCUAUCCCGCUAUUUUACGUCGUGCAGGCCAAUGUAGAAUUCGAUGCGAUCGAGGGAGAAAGUACAGUGCGGGAGGUGAUAGUGCAGGGCACAUUCACGGAUUACUUGCAAGCAAGGGAGUAUGCAAAGGGAGUCUUGUUGUCGGAGAAAGAUGGCAUUCUGAAGGGCAGUUAUGCGGCGUAUGUGGAGGCCGGAGAGGGGGAACGGGAUUGUGGAUUUGGCGAGAAUGUGGUAGUGCAUGCAGCGUCAGAUUAUGGGGUGAACUAUCUGGUCAGUGUAAUUCGAAAUCAGGAAUUGGGCAGUGUGAGUUUGGCGGAGGCGGCGAUGAGGAUUGGUUGAUGAGACGCUGUGUUCGGCGCUGUACCU